CUGGUCUUUUCGCCCCCCUGCAGGGAAGGGCAAAAAAAUUAUCAAGGCCGGUCUUUUAUCGGAAGUAUUUUCCUCCUCCAUUCCCUCUCCUUUUUCUUUUCUUUGCUCAAGUUCGGUUUUGAUUCAGUUCGUGUGUUCUUUUCAUGUUUGUUGGGUAUCCUGUCUCUCUUCUCAUCCUGAAGUUCUCUGGCCUUUGUUACUUAGAUUCCCCCUUGUCUUCGUGUUGGUUUCCUUCGAUCUAUAAUACUAUAUUAAUUUCUCGUCUUCCUGAAUAUUAAGAGAGCUAGCGUUCUCUGGGCGUCUCAUCUUUUUAUUGUGCUUUCGUUUGUGCAUUCAUUGAUACAUUUCCUUUUUUUAUCUGGUCUUUGGGCAUCGUUUUUCGCUCCCGAUCUGCUGAAAAGCAAUACCGAACUUCAGAUCCUUCUCUCCCUAUUAAUUGUCCAGUUUCAGUCAGUUUAUUCAGGAUACAGCCAGUGAUCAACUAUGUCUCCUCGAGACUCGAAUCCUUUCCCCGCUCCUCGUCAACGCCCAUCCCUGUCGCUCAGAACGCGAUCCCGCAUCGCUUCGUCUCAUUCUCUUCAUCUCCCGGCAGCGUUGCAAACGGGUUCGCUCCACCAUUUUCCGGAUAGAAGACACAAGGGGAACAUGGAGCCAGAGCGUGAGACGUGGGACUCCUCCCUAGAAUUUGGUGGUGAUGAUAACGAUCAAGUCCUUGAAGAGACAAACCAUUUCCCGGACUCGGUCCCAAGACCCCAUGGUGUCCAGAAUUUCUCAAACCUGCGCCACCCUGUGGAUGGGCUUCUGGCACUGGGUCGUCGCCUGUCGGUCUCCAUUCGCAGGCACACCAAUCACAUCCCACACGACCACGCUUAUGCUGAUCAUCACAAGACCUAUACUCAAUCUCGUGGACGCCAUGUCCGCGGGGGCAGCUGGGAUGCCCGCGCGAAAGGCUAUAGUAUCAACCGUCGACCCUCGCUCCAUAGUCCGACUGUGCUUCACGGCUUCUAUGCCCCGGCUGAAUCGGUCACUACCCCAGUUCCUGGAAACGGACUGGAGCCACCGAUUAUCCCGGAUGACGCCUGUGCCGGUGCGGCGGCCCGCGCUGCGGCAGCUGCUUACAAUGAAACGAAGGCCGAGCGGGAAGCAGCUAGGCUAUUUGAAAUGAGAUACCAUCAGGACUCGGAAAGCGGCAUUGGAAUUGAUCUGCGUGAUCGCCCUGAGCUUUCGGACAUCGAAUCAUCUGUCCUUCGCAUUGAUCCUGUCACCUAUCUGCCUUCCGAAAUUGUGGCACACUUUCUGACGUUUCUGGACCCACAGACGUUGAUGAACUGCGAGCUGGUCGCCCGUUCCUGGCGUGAGCAGGCUUCCUCUCGUCAUGUUUGGAGGCAUGUUUUCCGCCGGGCUUAUGGCUGUCGCCUGUCUAGUCCCUCAGAUACAAGAAAGAAACCAUCUGCAGGCCUAGGAAAAACAAUUCCCAAUCAAGACUGGAAAAGAAUGUUCCUUGUUCGCCGUGCUUUAGAUCACCGGUGGAAGAAAGGCAAGGCAGCUGCCAUCUAUUUGCAGGGACACAAAGAUAGCGUGUACUGCGUUCAAUUCGACGAGGAUAAAAUCAUCACCGGCUCGCGUGAUCGGACUAUUCGAGUGUGGGAUGCUCGCUACCCGUGGCCUUGUCUGAAAGUCAUCGGGCCACCGUCGGGAGACACAGCGCGAUCUGGUCCAUUCAAUAAUCUUGCCCAGUUGUCAACUGGGAAGUCACCUUUUCUCACUAUCUGCCCUCCUUCGGCACCAUCAGCUGAUAUUGUUGCUCCCAUGGACGACAUCUCGAACUACCAUAGUGCUUCUAUCCUCUGUCUUCAAUUCGAUGACGACAUCAUGGUCACUGGUUCGUCGGACUAUACUUGCAUUGUGUGGGAUAUAAAGAACGACUACAAGCCCAUUCGUCGUCUCGAGGGCCACAGAGCGGGCGUGCUGGACGUUUGCAUGAACAAUAAAUACAUCGUUUCGUGCUCCAAGGACAAGGCCAUCUGUGUUUGGGAUCGGCAUACCGGUGCACUCUUGAAAAAGCUGCUCGGUCAUCGGGAACCCGUAAAUGCGGUACAACUUCGUGGAGACCUGCUUGUUUCUGCGGGUGGAGACGGAACUGCUAAACUGUGGAACAUUACAUCGGGCCAAUGCGUCAAGGAGUUCCGGGGCAAGGACCGGGUACUGGCGUGCAUCGAGUUUAGCGAUGAUGCUCGUACCAUCUUUACUGGCGGAAACGAGCAGAUAAUCCACCGGUUCGAUGCUAACACUGGUGAGAUGGUAGGAGAAUUGAAAGGCCACAGCGACUUGGUCAGGUCACUUCACCUGGACAGCGCGAACAGACGCCUUGUCACUGGCAGCUAUGACAUGAGUGUCAAGGUGUUCAAUACUGACACUGGUGAACUCUCCGUCGAUUUGCCCGGAUGGACCACCAGCUGGAUGCUGAGUGUCAAGUCGGACUAUCGACGGAUCGUAGCCACCAGCCAAGACUCCCGGGCUGUCAUUGUGGAUUUUGGAUAUGGCUUAGAUGGCAUUGAAUUGCUCGAAGAGUAAUCAAGCGCCCCUGCUAAUUUUGUUUUCUUGAGUGCGAUUUUAUAGAGCGAAACCUGUCUGGUACUGGAGUUCAUGGUCUCUUGAGAACUGUUCCCUAAGACGGAAUAGAUGUUGGAUAUCCUUCUACAGGCGAUAGAUUUCUUUGCAUUUCUCCGGCCUACUGGUCGUCAUCGGCAGUGCUGCAAAUACAACUUAAUUAUUUCUUGGUUCCUCU